CAAGGGAGAGGGGGAGCGGGUGGAGAGUAGAUUGCGCGCGCGGCCCGAGAGCGAGACUCGCGUUCCGGCGCAGCCCAGGCCGGCUCAGAAUGAACAAGGCAGGCAUUGACCUCCCUCUGAGGCAGUUUCAAGCCCUCACAGGUCCGCAGUGGUGCUCGCAACCCACUUCCCGGCCAUGCGCUCCUUCCUGCUCCUCAGCACUUUUGGCCUCCUGGCCAUGGCCCUGGCAGCCGAGGUGAAGAAGCCUGCAGCAACGGCAGCAGCCCCCGGCACCUGGGAGAAGCUGAGCCCCAAGGCGGCCACGCUGGCUGAGCGCAGCACCGGCCUGGCCUUCAGCUUGUACCAAACCAUGGCCAAGGACCAGGCGGUGGAGAACAUCCUGCUGUCACCCCUGGUGGUGGCCUCGUCGCUGGGGCUCGUGUCGCUGGGCGGCAAGGCGGCCACCGCGUCGCAGGCCAAGGCGGUGCUGAGCGCGGAGCAGCUGCGCGACGAGGAGGUGCACGCCGGCCUGGGCGAGCUGCUGCGCUCGCUCAGCAACUCCACGGCGCGCAACGUCACCUGGAAGCUGGGCAGCCGGCUGUACGGGCCCAGCUCGGUGAGCUUCGCCGAGGACUUUGUGCGCAGCAGCAAGCAGCACUACAACUGCGAGCACUCCAAGAUCAACUUCCGCGACAAGCGCAGUGCCCUGCAAUCCAUCAACGAGUGGGCGGCACAGACCACCGACGGCAAGCUGCCCGAGGUCACCAAGGACGUGGAGCGCACGGACGGCGCCUUGCUGGUCAACGCCAUGUUCUUCAAGCCACACUGGGACGAGAAGUUCCACCACAAGAUGGUGGACAACCGUGGCUUCAUGGUGACUCGCUCCUAUACUGUGGGUGUCACGAUGAUGCACCGGACAGGCCUCUACAACUACUAUGACGAUGAGAAGGAAAAGCUGCAGAUUGUGGAGAUGCCCCUGGCCCACAAGCUCUCCAGCCUCAUCAUCCUCAUGCCCCACCAUGUGGAGCCCCUUGAGCGCCUGGAGAAGCUGCUGACCAAAGAGCAGCUGAAGAUCUGGAUGGGGAAGAUGCAGAGGAAGGCUGUGGCCAUCUCCCUGCCCAAGGGUGUGGUGGAAGUGACCCAUGACCUGCAGAAACACCUGGCCGGGCUGGGCCUGACUGAGGCCAUCGACAAGAACAAGGCAGACCUGUCACGCAUGUCGGGCAAGAAGGACCUGUACCUGGCCAGCGUGUUCCACGCCACUGCCUUCGAGUGGGACACGGAGGGCAACCCCUUUGACCAGGACAUCUACGGGCGCGAGGAGCUGCGCAGCCCCAAGCUGUUCUACGCCGACCACCCCUUCAUCUUCUUGGUGCGCGACACCCAGAGCGGCUCCCUGCUGUUCAUUGGGCGCCUGGUCCGGCCCAAGGGCGACAAGAUGCGUGACGAGUUGUAGGGCCCCGGGGUGGGCAUGGGAUGGCAGGAGGCAGCCGAAGGCUCCUGAGACACAUGGGUGCUAGUGGGGGGUGGGGGUGGGUAGCUGAGGUGCCGGCCUUGGACAUUCCAUGGGGUGGGCGUGGGGGCUGCAGACCAGGGUCCCUGCAUGUCUGAGCGGACCUUCCCGGCCAGGAUUCACUCUGCUUGGACAUGGGUCCCCGGAGUUCACAAUGCUGGGCCCAGAGGCUCCAUGUCUGCUGGGACCCGGGCAGCUGCUGUGCCUGGCCUCCAAGUGCUGGGAUCAAGCCUUCCGUCAGUGUUCACAUUUAAAGCCAAGGACUUUCCAUCUUCUUGUGAGACGGACUCGAGCAGGGGUUCAGCCCAGCCCUUGUGGAAUGGGGGCCCUCUUCCUGACACUACCACUGCCUCGGCCCCCUUCCAACCUUCUCCCAACUUCUCCCAACUUCCCUCAACUAUAAAUCUAGGUGCUACAGCCUGGGACAGGCACCCCCAGAAUGGUCCUGGCCCCUGUGAGGGGUGUUGGAAAAUAGCUCCCAGGAGGGGGUCCUGGGCCAACUCCAGUCAAGAAUCAUUGCAUCAGGCAUCAUGGGAGGAACUUCUAAUUUCUUUAUUCCUUUUUUAGUUUUUCAAAGAAGGGGAGGGAAGGGGGAAAUGAGCCUUUGUUGCUGUCUGAGAACUUACUUGUACCAUUUU